AAUGACUAGUUUACGUCCAGAAUUGAAAAAUAUCAUCAAGCAAAGUAGCGAAACUGGAGGUGGUACUCUUACACGAUACCAUGUGAAACUGAAAACAGACCCUUCUAGUAAACAUGAACCAUAUAAAAAAUUGACCUUUGGUGAGAGAGACAAAAACAAACCUCAUAAAACCAUCCUGAUGGUGGGAGAAACUCGCACAGGAAAAACAACCCUGAUUAAUGUGAUGAUCAACUACAUCUUAGAUGUUCAGAGAGAAGACAAGAUUUGGUUUGAGAUCACAGAUGAUCAGAGUGACCAAUCAGUAGCUUACAGUCAGACCUCCAGCAUCACUGUUUAUGGAUUUUAUCUGCAAGAGAGUCUAAUCGAUUUAACAAUCAUCGAUACACCAGGAUAUGGAAACAUACGUGGAAUCAAGAAUGAUCAAGAGAUCGCCAAGAGUUUGCUUAGUUUAAGCCAAUCUGCAAGUGGGAUCCAAAUAGAUGCAGUGUGUCUGGUAAUGAAGGAGACGGAAAAUCUCUCUGACAGACAAAUGUACAUAUUUGAUGCUGUUCAGUCUUUAUUUGGGAAAGAUAUUGCUGAAAACAUUGUCUUGCUCUUCACACACUCAGAUGGGAUGCGUCCUAAAAAUGCCCUGACAGCUGUUAAAGAGGCUGAAAUCAAGUGUGCAGUAAAUGACAAGAAUCAGCCAGUGUAUUUCCUGUUUAACAACCGUCAGUCAGAUGCUGCUGAUGAAGAUUUUCAAAAAAUCCAAAAACAAUCAUGGAUUCUGUCUUACACAGGGAUGACUGAAUUUUUCAAGGUUCUUGAAACAUUACAACCAAAAACCCUGAAGAUGACUCGAGAUGUGUUACAACAACGGGAACAGUUGGAGGCAAAUAUUAAUAUUCUGCAGUCGCAUGUUCAAGUGAUGGAACAAAAGCAAAAUACACUGAAACAGACACAAAAAGCUCUGGAGCAGAACAGAAACUAUGUUAGAGCCCAAAAUGACAUUAAGUAUGAAGUUAAAGUUACCUAUAAGGAGAAGAUUCCCAUCGAUCUAAAAUAUCGCAACAGGACAAAAGAAGCAACAUGCUGCACUGUCUGUGAGGAGAACUGUCAUUAUCCAGGAUGCUGGUGGGUCACUGAUCUCUCAUGGUGCAGUGUGAUGAAAGAUAAUCACUGUACAGUGUGCACUAAAAAAUGCCACUACAGCCGACAUGUCAAGGAAGCAAAAAUAUAUGUAACAAAAACAAAGAUAGAGAAGAGGACACAUGAAAAAAUAAAAAGAGAAUAUGAUGGUAAGAUUGUGGAUAGUGAGUCUUUGGUCAGAAAUCUGGAGGAAGAACUGCAAGAAUUAGAUAAAGAGAAAAUAAAGCUGGUGUUUGAAGCUUUUCACUGUAUGCAAACUCUGCAGAUGAUCGCACUCAACACUGAUUCACUGCUCACACUCCUGCAUGUUGAUUUUCUGAUUCAGAAGCUGAAGGAAAUAAAUGGAUCUGAAAAGGCCAAAACAUUGGAAAACAUUAAGAAGAAAACAGGAGAAGAAAAACAAGGAGCACUAGGAUACAUCAUUGGUCUUUUAAGUAAAAAUGUUUAA